ACUGCCUCGUCCCCCUCCCGACCUCCCACCACGCAACCCAAAUCACGCCAACCCAACAAAUCGCCCUCUCCACCGGCAUCGGCUUCCUCGACCACAUGCUGCACGCCCUCUCCAAACACGCAGGCUGGUCCCUCGCGAUCCGCGCCAGCGGCGACCUGUACAUCGACGACCACCACACCCUCGUGCGCUUCGGCCGCGGCGACGCCCCACUCGACGAAGCACUCUCGUGGGCCGUGAUCGACCUCUCGAACCGGCCCUACAGCGUCAUCAACCUCGGCUUCACGCGAGAGAAGAUCGGGGAUCUGAGCACGGAGAUGAUAACGCAUGGGUUCGAGAGUUUUGCGCAGGCGGCGAGUGUGACGCUGCAUGUGACUUGUGUGUAUGGGAGUAAUAAUCAUCAUCGGGCGGAAAGCGCGUUCAAGGCGCUGGCGGUGGCGUGCAGGACGGCGUGUGAGAGGAGAGGGGUGGGGAGUGUAGGGUGGGGGGAUGUUACGAGUACGAAGGGGGUGUUGGGGAGUAGUGUCAAUGGUUGA